GGAACCUUUUUUUUUACGAGUUGAUGGCACGGACCUAUAUACACGACGGACCAGCAUGGGAACCACAGUGGCAGCGCAGCAGGUUUUCCGGUGGACUGUGAGAGCUGCCGCCGCCUCCUCCUCUCUGCUCAGCCCACCUCGCACCUGGAGAUGCCUCCUCCAGCCUCGACACGUCGGCUGCGGGUUCUUCUGCUCCUCCAGCAGCCGGAGUCCUCUGCAGUCAUCGCACCACAACCACAGAGCUAGUCUCGUGUCUGAGACGCCAGCCACGGAGCUGUCUCCGCAGGCUCUAGCCGACAUGGGAUUCACAGAAACUCAGGCUGGGCAGAUGUUUGAGACUGUGUCCAGAGUGAGAGGGGGAAGAGCUGCCAGACACGCGCUGUCAACCCUCACAGCUCUGCUCGCUCUGGGGCUCAAUCCCUCCAGCGUCCUGAAGCUGCUGCAGAAAUGUCCUGAAGUGUGCACCACCAUGGAGUCACAGCUUCAGCAGCGCAUAGGAAACCUGAGGAAACUGGGUUUAGUCGAAGGCAGUCUUCAGCGAGUGGUGGCCCAUUACCCCCAGAUCCUGACAGUACCUGUGAAGACAGUAAAAUAUGUGGUGGGGUUUCUCAGAGAGAAGUGUCUGUUCACUGGCCAGCAGGUCACAGACAUCCUCAGAGACAGUCCGUCCAUCGUCCUGGAGGAUCCGGGUCAGGUGGAGUACAUGUUUCAGUAUGCCUACUUUCGAAUGGGUGUCAAACAGGCGGACAUUAUUAAGUCCAGGUUGUUCCGUUACUCCCUGGAUGAGGUUCGAUGUCGACACUGUUUUCUGGAGCGCAGGGGUCUUUACCAAACCCCAGAUAAGAAAGGACAGACGAUAAUCAUCAACCCUAAACUGGACAGCAUCCUCAACGUCGACUUGAACACCUUCCUCACAGCAGUUGCGAAGGCGUCAGUGGAGGAGUACGAGGUCUUUCAAAGACUUGUGGCAAGAGAGUGGCAGGAAGAAGAAAAGGAGGCCGGCAGCAUCAGCACCGAUGGCACAGAUUCUGAGGAGGAAGAGGAGGAUGAAGAAGAGGAGGAGACAGGACGCAGGAGUGGAUACAGAAAGAGAAGAAAGACAUGACGAUAUAAGGGUCUGAAAAUAAUUUAAAGAGGAAAUGGAGUGAUUAGAGAAAAUGACAUCUAAUGGCAAAUGAAACAAUAAAAUGUUUCUUCUC